AUGGGAGCUCCCGCUGCUUUUCUGUGGGAGUCUUUCAAGAACCACCUUAGCGAGGAUCACUUAGAAAGGAACCCUCUCGACCCUGAACUGGCGGUGAAACUUACCUUGAUAGACAUCGAUCGGAGCCUCCGCCAGCAGGGAUCGUGCUUGAAAGAUCAUGGACUCCCCUACGUCGAGGAUGACACGACUGAGUUAGGUAGAGAGCUACUCAACUACGGCGAGAACCUCCAGCGAACCAUCGUUGAGGACUGGGUGCCCAAACUCUCCCCAGACCAGCGCCGUGUGUUUGAGUACGUUCGCUCUCUGCUUCUCAACCCCCGUGACCGACGCACUUCUAGAAUCAUAUUUCUGGACGGUCCCGGGGGUUAUGGGAAGACCUCUCUGAUUCGUGUCAUCCUUGCGUAUGUCCGUGGUUGUCGACAGGUUGCACUCGCCGUGGCUAGCUCAGGGAUUGCUGCAAGGAACAUGGCUGGAGGAACAACAGCACAUAGCAUGUUCCGACUCCCUCUAGACCUAGGUCACGGCACAGGUGUGUGGAACAUCACCAACGGGUCCCAGCGAGCAGAACUCAUCAGAGCAGCACAGCUCAUUGUGUUUGAUGAGGCCCCGAUGGCACACCGCUACAUCUUCGAGAUGAUCGACAGAUCCCUCCGGGAUCUCAUGAAUAGUAGUGUGCCAUUCGGGAAUAAGAUCUUCAUCUGCUCCGGGGACUUCCGUCAGAUUGCGCCCGUCGUUGAGAAGGCUCGCACACCAGCUGAUGUCGCGUGCGUGUCACUUCGGGCGUCACAUCUGUGGCGACUGUUCACACUAUUUUCCCUGACGACAACCCCAUAG